AUGCCGCAUAUCGAUCUGGACGAAGAUGAUGGGAUUGACAUCCCACCAGAAGUGUUAGCUAAUCCCAACAUAGACUGGAUGACAUCCUCGAAUCAGAAUCACGGCUUUGUUGUUGAUGAUGUGUUUGAGGACGCUUUUGCUCCGCAAGAGUCGUAUACCAACACCGAUCAUGGGACGCCUAAGAUGUGGACCAAACUUGGUGAGAUGGAGGAUGAGGAGGACGACCGCAUGAGCGUGAUGGAACAGGUUGAUCUAUCUUCAAUGUCGCCUGCUCCGAGUCCACCCAAUUAUGACUCGGGUCCCGGAGACCUUUUCGAGGGCAUAGACGUUGAAAUGCUCGAUGAUAUCGAGCCAGAGAUGACGAUAGAAGAAGAUUUUGGGCUCGCAGUUGAUCAAUCCGGUGCCACAGCUGAGUUAUUGGAACAGGAGGAUGGCACCGCGGUCAAGGUUGAUACACCGGACCUUCCUUUGAGUAACUCUGUCAGAGUCGAGGUUCCCGACGCUUUGUUCGUAAUCCCACAGUCGUUUUACGAGCCCUUUGAGCCUGGUGUGCCAAUCGACAGAGAAUAUAAGGUCGUCGCCCAACUCCUGGAAGCAGCGAUACAGGAAGGUCAAGACGCCGAUGACUUCAUUGAAUUCGAACUCAACGACUUUGCCAUUUACAGCAAGCGCCCGAGAUAUGAGCAUGAGAUGUGCUCGCUGCAUCAUCUAGACACAAAGUCAGGCCACAGCAACUUGUACUUUGACGGGAAGUUGAACGUAGGAGAUGCGGCCUUCUUUGUUCGGCACGUACCCAUACGAGCUUUGCCGAUUGGCGAUUACGGCACUUUGUCUAAGCACACGUUACGCGAUCAAAUAUGGGUUCAGUCAGCUAUGAACCUCAAGAAAAACAUCUACUACCGACUAAAUCGUCCCGCCAAAGAGUACCGCCGUUUCUUCGACCCAUUCCUGUGGGUUGCCGACCUCGCCAAACACUUUGUGGACUAUCUUAAGGUGAUGGGAGAAAACAAACAAGAUGUCACAAUUUUCCAUUUCCGCUCAACUUUCAGCAAUUGGCUAGCCAAGACGCACAAUACAGAUCCUGUCUUUGCAUCAUGGAGAGAACAGCAUCCAAGUGCCGACUUUCGAACCUCUAUCGUUGCGAACCUAGCUUUCUUGCACAAGGAAGCUAUCGGCGUGCUGGACUAUGCUGGGACCUAUCAUCACACCUUGUGGGCUGAGACAUGGGAGUUUCGACAGUAUGAGCGCCUUACAAAGACUAAAGAAAGCGAUAAGGAGGCGCGUUCAAAGCCACCCAGGUCUGCAAGUCGAACGCCGUCUUCUGCAGAUCAAGUAGAUUGUGACCAGGGAAAGAACGCCACAGACGUUCCCCAAACCAUCGUCACUCAGUAUAUCUAUGAUUGCUUCAACCAUCUACCUUUUGGUGAUAUUCUUGAGGCUAUGUCACUGAGUGAUGAGACGGAGUUACUACGAAAUGAACUGAUACAGAAGCGACACCUCGAGCUCCCAGCGCCCCUUCACCAAAAUGCUAAAAAUGUCUCAACGGCUGGCCAACAGCAAAUUAAAGACAUCCAACCUGGCGACACCAUCUCGACGCAGAGAGAUGGUGCGGAUUCUGGCACAAAAUGGCGGCGUGAUCUUUCGCAUGGUUUCAACGACGUUGACCGUUGGCUCGCCCUUGUGCAGCGCGUGCGUGUUAGCAAGAAGGGCGUCCGGGCUUUCGAUGUAAUUUGGUACUAUAGGCCUGUCGACACCCUCUGCGCCCUGAUGAAGUACCCAUGGAAUAACGAGCUAUUCCUCUCUGAUCAUUGCUCUUGUGAUGAGCCUUCUAAGAUCUCCGAAGAUGAAAUCAUGGGUGUCCACGAGGUUGAGUUCGAAGGAACGUCGAACACCGAAGCGGAGUUCUUCUGUCGCCAAACUUAUGUCGUUACUGAGCGAAAAUGGAUAACCCUUGAAAAAACUCAUCUCCAUUGCUUACAUCAGAGGAAAACUACCCAGGCACCACUUUAUCAACCGGGCGAGACCCGGCUCAUCAUGCUUGAUAAGGCGAGUGGUCGAUCUGAGCCUUGCGAGUUCAUAACCUUUUAUGACGAGGAUGGCACUGGCAUUUACAGAUUCCGGCGACUCCUGAGGAGACAUCAAGUUGACCCCCAGACACCUAAUGCUCAGCCGAAUGAGCUGGUGUAUAGCGAGAACCUCAUUGAAGUAAAGAAUCGACGCAUUCUUGAACCUUGUUAUGUCCGUUUUUUCAAAGCACAAGAGACGAUACCAACACCCUACGAUCGCGAUGGUGUGGGCAACUUUUUCUACAUUACACAUGAAGAAGUCAUUGAUGCAGAGACUACUGCAAAAUCAUAUCUUCCUCUCGAGGCAUUGCCAUCUUCAUUGCGUCAAGGGCACAAUCCUUCUGAGCCUCUGCAAAAGUUACGUGGGCUUGAUCUUUUCUGCGGAGGCGGAAACUUUGGCCGCGGCCUAGAGGACGGAGGUGGUAUCGAGAUGCGGUGGGCGAACGACUACGAUGGAAAGGCCUUGCAUACAUACAUGGCUAAUACUUCGGGUCCUGAUGCGGUACAUCCAUUCUUGGGCUCGAUCGACGAUAUGCAACGUUUUGCUAUCCAAGGCAAGUUUGCAGAGAACGUCCCUCCGGUUGGAGACGUUGAUUUUAUCUCUGGUGGCAGUCCUUGUCCAGGCUUUUCUCUCUUGACCAACGACAAAACCACUGUCGCACAGCGAAAGAAUCAAUCCCUCGUUGCGGCUUUCGGCUCCUUCAUCGACCUCUAUCGCCCCCGGUAUGGUCUCCUCGAGAAUGUCCCCGGCAUCAUUCAAAGUAAAGCCACUCGUGAUCAAGACGUGUUCAGCCAACUCAUCUGCGCAAUUGUGGGACUUGGGUAUCAAACUCAGUUCUCUUUCCUCGAUGCUUCUUCCUGCGGGUCCCCUCAGCGUCGCUCCCGGGUCUUUGUUGUGUUUGCCGCACCAGGUCACCAUCUUCCUCAGCGACCGCAUAUCACGCAUGCUCAUCCAGAGCAUACCAGGAAUUAUGGACUUGGCAGCACCCCCACUGGUGAUCCAAUGGCGGAACGAAUCAUGCCCAUUGCUACCCCUUUCGAUUUUGUCUCUGCUCGUGCCGCAACCGCCGGCCUUCCCCCAGUCUACGACUCUAAGCCAGAUAUCUGCGUCUCAUAUCCCGAUCAUCGCGUAUCUAUAGGCAUGACGAGCAAUCUUCGUAACAAGAUCAGUCUCAUCCCCACACGACCCUGGGGCAUGAAUUUUGCCCAGGCAUGGUUCGGUCUAGACUGCAAGCAGGCUGGCUCGGGCGUUCUCUCGCCUGCCGACCGUCUCGUCUUCCCCGAAGAAGGCAAAACGUCGUUGACUCGGGGAGGCGCUACUUCCAACGCAUACGGCCGACAGCGCCCCGACCGUCUGAUCGAGACAAUCGUGACAAGUCAAAGCCCGAGUGAUGCAAAGAAUGGCCGAACGAUACACUGGUCUGAGAACCGUGUCCUGACAAUUAUGGAGGCGCGCCGAGCACAAGGUUUUCGCGAUCACGAGGUCUUGCUGGGUAAUCCGGCAGACCAAUGGAAGAUUGUCGGAAACAGUGUCGCGCGAGAGGUGGCGGUUAGUCUAGGCGCUGUGUUUCGCGAGGCUUGGGCGCAGAGUCUUGCAGAUGAGCACCAUGCUGAAAGCGAUGUUGGGGUUGCCACUACUGCCAGGGGCUCUUCAAAAGCGCCAGUCCGUGAAGGAGUUGAAGUCUCGCCAUCCAUGAGCGUUGAUAAGCCCACUUUUGAGUCGGCAUCUUCCAGCAACAAAACCCCCCGUUCGCGCAAAUCACGAAGUCAGUCUCGCAAGAGCCAGACCACACCGACGCCAGGCCCCGAUCGUUCAUCAAGUUCGAAACGUAGCUCUAUCGCCAUCGAGGUACGCGUGUCAAAGUCACCAAAGUCUGAGAAAGACGACUCGCCCAGCAGAGGGACAUCCGUGGCCUCUAGCCGUACCAGACCAAGUCAGCUGAGGCACAGCGUUUCAAAUGAGUAG